AUGGCAUCUUCGCACCCGGUCGAUCCAGAGAAACAACAUCCAGCGACUAAAACCUCCAGCGCUUCUUCCUCUAACAAUAAGGGUGUUGCCGGGGAUGAUGGCAUGUUUCGGCUUCGUCACCAUCAUGGUAGUGGCCGUGAAGAAUUUGGCGACCUUAUGGCCGUACGGUGGUUCCUGGGUACUUUCCGAGAGCGCCUUUUUCCCGCUCGUGAUCUAUUACCUGACGACGUUCUACCGGAGAGGGCAACUAGCGAGGCGGUUGGCGAUUUUCUUUGCGGCGCAGAGUAUUGGAGUGCUUUUGGGGGCUUGCUCGCGUUUGGUGUAUUCCAGAUUCAGACGGGGGAUCUGGCGGAUUGGAGGUAUUUGUUUUUAGUCGAGGGGGGCUGCACGUUUUUGUUCGCGUGGUUCGCGCUGUGGUACCUGCCAUAUUCGGCCGCCAGGUGUGAAUUUCUGAGCGAGGAGGAGAAAAAGGUCGCAUUUGCAAGGAUGCAGCUUGAUUCGAGUAGUGAGGUCAAUGAGGCUUUCAAGUUCAAGGAGGCAGUGAAAAUUUUCAAGCAUCCCACGAGUUGGAUUAUUCUAGGCAUUGAAACUUGCUUAGGCAUACCGCUGCAGUCUUUACAAUUGUUCUUACCAGUCAUUGUAGCUCGUCUCGGAUAUAGUACGGUCAAGACGAAUCUCUAUACGGUGGCUCCAAAUAUCUCGGGCGCGAUUGUGCUCCUCAUCUUAGCAUUCAGCUCAGAUCUCACUCGGUUGCGAUUUCCAUUCGUAGUCCUUGGCUUUCUCCUCACAUUUACCGGCUUCAUCAUCUACGCGUCAAUUGACGUCAAGGCUCGUCUACACGUCGCAUACUUCGCCUGCUUUAUGAUGACUUGGGGAACAUCCGCCCCGUCUGUCAUUCUUGACGUAUGGUACAACAACAACAACAUCGCAAACGAAAACCGGCGUGUCAUGUUGACGUCAGUGAGCGUGCCGGUGGCAAAUUUGAUGGGCGUUGUGAGCAGCAACAUCUUUCAGAAGAAGGAUGCGCCGAAAUAUAUACCAGCGCUGGCGACCACGGCCGCUCUUGGCGCUUUCGGAUGUCUACUGACAAUAAUUCUAGGUGCUUGGAUGAUCAUUAAUAACAAAAGGAGAGAUCGCAAGCAGGGAAGGGUGAUUAAGGCGAUCGUUAUGCCAACCGAUUUGAUGGGGGACGGCAAUUAA